AUGGACUAUUUUCAAAUUGGAAUUUUAUUGAUAUUGUACAUAAAUGUUCACGUAUCAUCAGGGACGACAACAAACACUGCAGCAACAGAGGAAAGUACAUGUCCACGAUUUCAGACCCGAACCGAGAAUGAGUCUCUUAUUGUACUAUACCAACCUUCAAAUGAAUACUGUGAAAUGGUAGUUACAACAGAGACUGUACAACUACGUCCAUCUACGGAACUCAAAGCCUUCAAGAAAAAACAUAAGACUAUCCGCCGACCUAUGGUUAACUUCAGGAAUACCAAUACCCUUGACGGACAGAUGCCCUGUGAACCGUUAACACAUAAUAACGUAGGGCCGUUUGUGUUCGUGAACACAGUACAGAACCAAUGUCAAAUGCUUUUCCGAAUACAUAAGCAAAAGAAUCCAAACCAUGAGAUGAAGCAGCCAAAUACAAAAGGCAAGGACAGUGGACGUGGAAAGAAAAAAGGCGGGAAAAAAAGAUCAAAACCAAAGAAAAUACCGAAGUAUCAGUUCAUUCCUACAUUCGAAUAUGUCGACGAAUUUCUCUAUUAAAUAUAUGAGACUCCGGACUACAGAAAUUGGUAAACGAACCAAUGAAUUGUUCUAAUUAUCCAAUAAAGCCCUGAAAUUAUCAGUUGA